AUGUUUGAGCAGACAAUUAUUUUUAUUAUAAAAGAUAAAGUAAUACCAGAAAGAAGUUGUCAUACUCGAGUUAAAACAAUUGUUAUUACUAUUCAACAAAAUGAACUUAAUAAAGCUAAUCACACUAAUGAUAUGGAUAUAGCACAGAAACAACGUCAACAAGAUUUAUUAAUAGGUAAUAAAACUCAAGAACAAGAUCGUGAAUCAAAUACACAACAACGUCAACAAGAACAAUUUUUAGCUGACCAACAAGGAUAA